AUGGCAGAAGGAGAAGUGGUGCUUCCUGCGCUCCUACAAUGGUUCAAUAGCCUCCGUGCACAGAAAGUUCGCUCGCUUUCUGAGUUAUCCAGUGGUGUCGUCCUGUGGGAAGUACUUCACGACAUCGACCCUGAGGCCUUCGCUGACGAGCUGCCGUUGGCUGCUGACGAACAAAACCCUUUGAAAGUACGGAAUGUUAAUCUGACCAAUUUGAAGCAUAUCUACGAGAUCUUGAAGACCUACAUUGUCGAACGAUGCAAACGAAAGCUUCCACUUCCAAGCGGAGAGCCCGAUCUUGAGGCGAUUGCACAGUCUAUAUCCGAGAAAGAUGUCAUUCAGCUCCUGAAACUCGUACUUCUCGCUGCUGUGUUCGGAAGACUUUCACUGGACUACAUUCAGCAAUUAAUUUAUUUCUCUGAAGACGCACAAGCACAGUUUUAUCUGGUCUUGCAUGAAUCGGAAGCAAUUGAGGUCGAAGAGGACUUCGCUCCCUCACCACCAGAUGCAUCAAUGGGUCCAGACGAUGACAGAGCCUCGCCGCUGUCCGAAAACGGUCCAGGCAAGGAACCUGGACUUGUUUAUGAGGAGCGAAUUGCCGAGCUCGUCGCCGCCAACAAAGGUUUAGAGCAUAAGACGGUCGAGCUCGAGGAACAGCUCGAGAAUAUGCAUGAUCUCCACACUAAGCUUCAGAAAAAUUAUGACAACCUUGAGAUUCAACAAAAAGAUACUGCGGAACGGCUGGACGCUCUACGGUCGGGUAAAGGAGAACAAAGCAUCUUAGGCAUUCAACGGACCAAGAUGCAGCAACAGGAAACUAUCAUCGCCACGUUGGAGACCCAGCUCACUUCCCUGCAGGAGGAAAACAACAAUCUAAAAAUUCAGACCGAACUCCUUCAAAGCCAGUCUGCUGGCUUCCAGCAGAUGCAAGAUGAUUUGUACGAACUAAAACUUGACCGUGAACAGUUGCAACGAAAAGCCAAUGCGGCAGAUAAGUAUAAACAGAAACUGCAAAGCCUGCAAAAAGCUGACGAGGAGAAUGAAUCUCUCAAGUAUCGAGUGGGGGAAAUGCAGCGGCAAUUGAAAGAAUGCGACUCGGAACAGUUGAACGUGUCAGACCUUCGGCGGGAGAAUGAUGAAUAUCGACAGCUGGUGUCCAAUAUUGAGCAACAGCUCAUCGAGUCGAAUGAAGCCAAAAAAAGAGCCGAGUUCGAAAACAUGAAAUUGGCAGCCAAGGCGCAACAAGCCGACGAUCAAGCGUCAAGAUGGCACUUAAGGGCCGAAGAGUUGCAGACUAUGUUCAACGAAAACCGGGCGCCUGAAUCACCUACCACCCCAAGGGCUCCUUUGAGUAACGGUCUCGGCCUCACCGCAUCAGAAGACGGCUCACCGUCGGUCUCCAACCUCAGCGAGGAGAUGGCAAGCGCGGCAAUAGAUGACUCCAACAUGAUCAGCGAAGACGAGUUGCAGAGCAUCAUAAGGAUUAUGAAAGAGCACAACAAGGGUGCCACAAAUGCUGAGAAAACGUCCUCGAUUCAAGAACAACAGAAGCUUGCAGCAAAGAUUGAGAACAGCCGAGCCACUACAAAAGCAUUAAGCCAGGUAAUUGACCUUCUUACCCAGCCUCGUGUGUCGUUUGUGGGUGUCAAAGAACUUGAUGGGUCAUCACCCUAUAAACCUGUAUCUCCCCACAUCGAUGAUCUCGCUUCUGUUUAUGGAGUAGCAAGCCAAUCUGCUCGAUCUUCUGUCACAUCACUGUCUGCUGCAUCAAGACGGUCUUCAGCUGCCAGUUUUCACUCGGUUCAAUCUUCUGCCAAAAAUCGAAGGACAUCAGUCUUGCGUGGACUCUUUCGGUCAUUGGAAACAUAA